ACAUUGCAAAAAGUCCGGCCUGUGAGACAUUAAAAUGAGUUCACUGAAACAAGUUAAAUGUUAAUUUUGGUGAGUGAGCUGGAGUUCCACAAGCUUUCAUAUGCUGAUGGUAUCAGAUGUGAUCUAUUCUGAAAUUCUUCUCUUUACAGACAAAGUAUGUUCACCCAAAUUUUUUGGGUUUUCUACCUGGGACAUAAUUUUCCGCUUAGUUAUAGAAGGUAAAAUAAAGCUGAUUAAGACUUUUGAAAACUCAGCCACAUACGCUGAGCAGAAAGAAAAUUGCCAAGGUUCUCAAAUUAAGAGUCAGAAGCUGGUAUCAUAACUGAUGUUUGCAAACAAAAAUAGGAACCAAAAUGUUUUGAGUUUGUCCUUUCAGAACUUUCAAUUUUGUUCUUUACUAAAUAUUUUAAUUUCACUCCCUUCUUCCUCGAUGUUCAAAAUUCAGUUACAAAUGAGAAGUCAUUUUGAAAUCAACAUGUAUUCUUUUUUCCCAAAAUAGUAUUUAAUGAAGUUUGUUCCUUCUUUUUUUUCAUAAAUAUUUCAAGUUGAUCAGCUGACCUCUUUCAAGAAACAAAAAGUCCUCUGAAAUAUCCCCAAGGAAUAUUCACUGACAGAGGUAUUUGUUGAUGUGAGGAAAAAUAUGCUGUUUUAAAAAUAUUGCAGGCAUUUCUUCUCUCUGAGAACCUAACUCUUGUUUAUGGAAAACAAAGAAGAGAAAUUCAAAUUGGUGCAUGCAGGCACCAGGUAUUCACUAUAAAGCCAUAUUUGCCAGUGAGGAACAGGUUUGUAAAGGGCAUCACACUCCAGGAGACCCCAUGGAGAUCGGGAAAUGAAGUUUUAUUCAGAUUUUACUCAAGAGUCCAAAAGAGGGGAUUUAUUUCUAAAACACCAGUGACUAAAACACUAGUGGCUGUAGCCAAGAAUGAAAGCUGCAUGAACUCAGAAAAAACAAGCCAUCAGGUUGAGCUUUUUUCAUCAGAAGAAUGUAAAACCUCUUUAGAUUGAUUCCCCAAUUCCACUUCAGGUUUCAUCUAUGCUAAACAGUGACAUCAGUGAAAUAACUGAGAAUUUAAUGAAUUAACCAUUCUGAAGUCACUGCUGGCAAAAAGGUCUUUGUGUGAUUGGUGUUGGACAAUUUGUGAAGACCAGAAUCUGUCAUUCAAACCUGGUAGAAAAAGGUUUUUUGGUGUUUGGUUUUAUUUUUUUUGGUUUUGUUUUAUUGGUUUUUUUAAAAAAAAAUCAUUCUAAAGAGAAUUUUCCAGAAUAGAGAUUGAAGCUUGCUUAGGUUCCUGUUUUCCCCCAAGGGUUAUUAUUGAAGACUGAAUCUAAAUGAUCUAAAAGCAAAAUGAGUAAAUUUUAAAAUAAUAUUUUUGGCAGAAGUAAAGUGAAAUCAAGAAAGGAGAAAAGAGGUUAAAGUCCUGAUCUUUUGCUUUUCUCCAUCCUCUUGUGUGACAGGUGAUGUUAUUCUUGUCUAUUAAGUGACUGUCCAUCUUUUCAUGUCCAUCAUGGGGGCUUGAAGAAGACUGUACAGUCAACACCACCCCUGCUGGAGACACUGUCAAGUCACUACAGAGAAAAGCCAAUGUCCUUACUUGGAUUUUGUUCCCCACCUCAGGGUGUGGCUCAUGACUACUCCAGAAAUCUGGAAUGUCCUGAACAACCCCAGAUUUGGUGGGUUUGGAAUCUAAAGGGUCUCUGUCAUACCUGGAAUUCUUUGAGGCACAGCUACUGAAGGAUGGGUUUUCAGCAGGGGGUGAAACAAACAUUAAUGCCAAACUACCACCAAGCCAAAUCCAAGAUGCAUUGAGGGUGUCGGUUAACUGUUUUUGAGGGAAGCACAUUGUUUCUUGGUCUGUAGACAUUAGCUUUAACUGGAGUACUAUUAGCUGGGAGUGGAGGAGCCUUCUGGAGACUGUAGAGAAAGAAGGGUGUAAAACUGGAUCCAGAUCUCAUUUCUCCUUCCUUGUUCACAUACCUCUGUCACAGCACUGGAAGAAAUAAAUUGUUCACCUUCGAUGUCACCAAUGUGGUGAUUGCCUCCGUUGGCUUUCCACCUGUUCAGAGAGUGGAUGAGGCUGGAACCGAUGGUGGCUCCUAUGGCUGGAGCCCAGCACCACAGGAUGCCGAAUGUUAGCCUUAAACGUCAUCAGCAUCAUCCAUGAUGAAUCCCAUGACCUUCAGUAUGGGCUGCUGUGCAAUCGACACUCCUGACAGGGACCUGCACGACUGCUUUCUGCACAUACACUAUAUCCAGCCUUGCUGAGUCAAAAAAAGGAAUAAAUGGAGAACAUCUUAAAAAGAGGCUUGUGUCCAUAUGGAGGAGGAUUGAUGUCAAUUUGCAAACUGAGAAGACUGUGUUAUACCAGUCAGUUUUGUCUUUGGUUAUGUGCACACCUCAGAUGCCUGUGCAGUGUUGCCUUGAUCCGUGAAGGAUUUGAGAUUUCUCCUGUCCCCAAAGUGCCUCUUGCGUGCUCGUCAUAUAUUUCACCAGAGACUGACUAAGGCUGAUAGACAUCCUGUGGACACCCUGGUUGAUGCCAGUGAGAAGAGUAAAGAGGCUGCAGGCUUGCUGUUCUUCGAGGUGAUGCCAAAGAUCUGACAGCAAAAUACAAGCACUCUUCUACCCGUCACUAGCCUGUUUCCCUCAUCAAAGGAUGAAAAAAAUGUCCAAGCACAUCCUCACCGCAGAGCUGUCUUUGGAAAUAAGCCUUAAGCCUCACUUUGGACUGAGAAAUUGAGAAUGUUGAGGGUUCUCUAAAGCCAAUGCCUGUUGAUAUAAAGGCAAAGCGCCAACUGCCUUCUCUCCCAAAAGCAUGGUGAAUACCAAUAUGACUGUUUUAGCAGUGAGAAACCUGUACAACCCCUCUCUGGACCUACAGGAACCUGAGAUAGUCUUAGCUGUGAUAGUAGCAGAGUGCUGACAAACAGGCAGGAUUGUGCCAAUAGAUCAGUUCAAAAAAAAAUGUGCCAGAUUAAUAGGCAUAAUCAAAACUGACAUUGAGUAAGAGGCAAGAACGACUAAUCAGAUGCUAACUUAGCUGAUGCUGGCACUACUGAAAGCCUGGGGGCAUAGUCCAAGGAUGAAAACAUAACAUCUUAUCUAACCAAGGCGUCACUAGUUACAACGUGUUCUUAAAAAAGGAAAGAAGGAAAAAAAAAAUAUCUAUGGCACGUAAAAUUAUUUUAUGUCCCAGAAAUGAUAAGAAAAUAAAGGUAAGUCUUCUUGCAACCAGUCUUUAUAGGGGAGAGGCUUAUGUAGCGUUAACGCACUGUAUUGUCCACUCUAAGCCUCUAGGAUAUGGAAAAAUCAGUUUUAAAAGAAGGUAAAUGGGGUUGGAAUCAAAAUGGGUAUACUUGAGACAAUUCAAAACUCAGUUUUGGUGUAUUUCUUGCUAUUUGGAGUUUGCUAGGAUACAUGGGACCGCCCUUCUCCUUGGAUCAGUAAGAGUUCAGGCAGUCUGGCAAUCAAUCCUCUUUUGGCCAAGGCUCCUUUUCUGGCAAGAUAUCUCCCUGUUUCUCAAGACUCUUCUUUUACUCCAGAUUCAACAGGAUGUAGAACUGGAUGUCACAGAACAGCUCGUGGAAAGGAAAGGCCCUCUCACACAAAACGUCACUGGAGGGGGAACUGUAAUGUCAGGGAAGUCAUCUGAAAGAUGAAACCAGGAAUAAACCAAGUGCUUUAAGUUGUAUCGGUUUGGUGAAAGUCAUGGGUGUGUUAUAUUUCCAGACUUUUGCAGUACAGCUCAUGAGUGUUAACAGGGGAAAACUUCUGUGCAAAAUUCGGUAAAUUAAAAAACCACCACAGUCCUGUGGGGAAUAACAGGAAUUGUGUUUCCAUAAUAUGGGCCUUUCCCAGAAAAGACAGGCAUGGGUCAGCGUGAAAUGCAACACCACAAAUCUGCAAGAGAGACUGUCUGGUUCCUUCCAGUCUUUUCCAUUUUCAUCAUUUGCUAUCACUUAAAAACUUCUGCCCUUAAAACUUGCAACCACAAUUGAGCUUUUCCACAAUGACAGCUUUGAACAUUGAGGCUGCCUGGAUUCAGGAGAGAGAAGAUGCAGGUGAAAGGGAUGGUGGGUGGUUGAUGGAAGAACUCCCCUCCCCUCUGUCUAUGGACCAGGGUGGAACCAUGUCUCAUUUUCCCCCUCCAGUAGUAAUUCAAGGUGUAAUCCAGUAUGCAACACUGUUAGUGUUUCAUGGAAACAUCUCAGAUUCUAAAUGCCGACCUGUCUUGACAGCCUUCAGCCCAUGAUGGCCCUGACUCAUUGUCUUCACUAAAUUUAAAUGACAUCAUUUGGUCUUCUCCCAAGGGUUGGUAGCUGAGCUAGGUGACAUUGGCCUGGUUGUUUUUUUGAUGUGACAACCGCUUUGCCCUGGAAGAGCAGCGCAUGUGUGCGAAUGCCUCUCUGCAGCCCUUCUCAAAAUGUUUGCACAGGAGCAGCCAUAAACCGGGCUGUGUUGACCCGAAAAUGUAAUCCAAGUCGUUUGAAUCUAGGCCUUAUCUACAUCAUAUCAUCAGGACCCAGAGAGCACAGAUGUACCCCGGGAUGGGAGGGGACUGUGUGCAUGAGAAGGAAUGGUUCCGUCCCUUCUGUCCUGGCACUGGGAGGGGACUGUGGGCAGAGCUGGGUAAUGAUUUGUCAUCGCAAGGGCUGGGGUGUCUCUCUCUGCAGAGGGAACCUUGGCCGUGAUUGACAGCAGGGCUGGUUUUUUGCUGCUUCCUUUGCCGUUGACGAGUAAUAAUGAAGCUUUGUCAGUCCAUCAUGGACAUGGAUAUGCCAGAUUAUGUUGACUCCUUGGACUCCUCUUACACCAUGCUGGAAUUUGACAACCUUCGGGUGCUCCCAAGUAACACCGAGGCCAUCACAGCUGAAUCAGCAAACCCCAACCUGCUCACCAAUGGCAUCAGCUCCCUCUGCUCCAUCUGCGGGGACCGGGCAACCGGCAAACACUAUGGAGCAUCCAGCUGCGACGGCUGCAAAGGCUUCUUCAGGAGGAGCGUCCGCAAGAACCAUGUCUAUUCCUGCAGGUUCAGCCGACAGUGUGUGAUAGACAAAGACAAGAGGAACCAGUGCAGGUACUGCAGGCUGAAGAAGUGUUUCAGAGCUGGCAUGAAGAAAGAAGCUGUGCAGAACGAGCGCGACAGGAUCAGCGUUCGGAGGAGCAGCUAUGAGGACAACGGCUCCCUCUCCAUCACUGUGCUCACUCAGGCCGAGGCCAUGGCACAGCAGUACUCAUCGCUGAGUCCCGUGCACAGCGCAGACAUUGCAAUGAAGAAGGUUGCAACCAUCAAUGAUGUGUGUGAAUCCAUGAAACAGCAGCUUCUAGUGCUGGUUGAAUGGGCAAAAUACAUCCCAGCAUUUUGUGAGCUCCCACUUGAUGACCAGGUUGCCUUGCUCAGAGCCCACGCAGGGGAACACCUGCUCCUUGGGGUAGCCAAGCGGUCCAUCCCAUACACUGAUUUUCUGCUAUUAGGGAAUGACUUCAUCAUCCCAAUGCACUGCCCAGAACUGGAAAUUGCUCGUGUGGCCACCAGAAUCUUGGACGAAUUGGUGAAGCCCUUGAGGGACAUCCAGAUCGAUGACAAUGAGUAUGCUUGCCUUAAAGCAAUCAUCUUCUUUGAUCCGGACUGCAAAGGCCUGAGUGAGCCCGGGAAGGUGAAGAACAUGCGCUUCCAGGUCCAAGUCAACCUAGAAGACUACAUCAACGAUCGCCAGUAUGACUGCCGAGGCCGGUUCAGUGACAUCCUCCUGCUGCUGCCCCCGCUGCAGAGCAUCACCUGGCAGAUGAUAGAGCAAGUCCAGUUUGUGAGGCUCUUUGGUGUGGCCAGGAUUGACAGCUUGCUGCAGGAGAUGCUGCUGGGAGGGGCUUCUGUUGAUCUCCAGUACCAGUCAGGACCUCCCAACCUUAACCUGGAACAGCUGCCAGGACACGUUCUCCCAAGCAACAUGAGCUCUGUGAUACACACUGCUCCAAACCCAUCUCCUGAGCCAUCCCUUCCAUCUCCUUCUACAAGCACAGGCAGUGAAGACUAUAAAUUAGGCUCUAGCGCAGGACCCAACGUCGUAGCACAGCUCUUGCCUCAGACAGUGAUACCCAAGCAGGAGAUUUUAUAGGGAGAGGUGUGGAGGAGAAGCUGGGAGCAAUGCGGAAACCGUGCUGAAAGUGAAACAGGCCCUUUCUCUUUGCAGAGGAAAAGCACAGCAAUCCCCUGGCUGUAGCCGGAUCUGUCCAUCACACUCUCUCCCGUCCGUGAAUCGAGCACCAGGUACCAGACUGCAGCAGGAGCCUCACCACACGUCUUCCCACCAUCAUCACCCUCAUUCCACACGAUUGAGGUUAAUGUCCUUUUUAGUGCAACUAAGACUGUAAGCUCUUUGGAGCAGGGAUUCUGAUUGCAUUUGCUGUCACCCAGCCUGCUGUGACCAGGACCCUUUUAAAGCCUUUGGCUGCUAUCUUCAUAAAACCAAAUGCCUUACACAGCUCCUGGUAAUGAGUAAAGUGCGUCUUGAAUUGUCAGUAUGAAAAGGUCUAUUCCCAUUAAAAAUUUAAUUACACUCCCAUUUCUCCUGCUGCAUGAUAAGCUCUAGGAUGAGUAUCUUCCUAACCCUUAGCAGGCCAACACUUUCUUAUUCCACACAGAUGUGUCUCAUUCUAUAUAGACCAGCUAACAUUUAAUGCUGGUCAGUUAUUAUUUGUAGUCAGGAAUGGCAACUGUUUGUUAUUUUCCAUAAUUACCACUAUAUGUAGAGUCCAGUUGUGAGUCAUUUGUGCACAUUUCUUGUGCGCGCACCUAACAGCCCCAAGAAGACAGCAAAGAUCUCUGCAUCAGACCAUGGCUGCAGGGUCUGGCAAAAC